AAGUCGGCUGAGUCUCGGCAAUUUGUCUAGCAGGCCGCUGAGCGUCUCCUCCGCAAGGAAAGCUAAAAAUCAGACUUGGCUCAUGUACCAAGCAUCCAUAAACCCAGCCAGAAGAGGCAAUUUCGAAUACGUCGGGUAGAGGCACACUCGUUCGUAUAUUGCUUCCUACGGUGGCUACGACGAAAUCUCAGAAUGCCUGGUAGCGCCGAAACCGACGCGGAGUAUGCCGCGGAAGAGGCCUCGUUAAACAGAGCAGAGGAGGUUGACGAUUUAUUAGAUGCGGUGAAGUCCCUCAUAUUGCCGUACAUCCGCGACGCGGACAAUGCAGUAUCAGACCGGGCUCACGGCUAUAUAGCUGCCGGCGCUCCAGGGGCCCCGACCCGGAAUGUCCUCGUCGACUCUCAUAAACCGGAGGGGCUGGUGGAAAAGUUGGCCUUCUCGAUACCGGAGAAGGGAGCGGGUAAGGAGGGACUGCUCGAAAUCGUCCAGUUGGUCCUCCGAUACAGCGUGAAUACUUGGGAUCAGGGCUUCCUGGACAAGCUGUAUUCAAGCGUUACUCCGGUUGGCGUAGUAUCUAACCUAGUCCUCACGGUGCUCAACACCAACGUGCACGUCUACAAGACCUCGCCGGCGCUUACCGUCAUCGAGAAGACGACCGCCCGCAAACUGGCCAACCUCUUCGGCUUCAACGGUCCCCGCGCGGGCGGCAUCACCUGCCAGGGUGGCAGCUCCUCGAACCUGACCUCGCUCGUCGUCGCGCGGAACACGCUGUUCCCGGAAACCAAGACCGGCGGCAACGGCAGCUUCCGCUUCGCGCUCUUCACGAGCGAGCACGGGCACUACUCGGUCGAGAAGGCCGCGGUCGCGUGCGGCAUGGGGUCGGACAGCGUGGUCGCGGUGGCGGUCGACGCGGCGGGGCGCAUGGACCCGGCGGCGCUGCGGGCGGCGGUGGCGCGCGCGGCCGCCGACGGGCGCACGCCGCUGUACGUCAACGCGACGGCGGGCACGACGGUCUGGGGCUCGUACGACCCGAUCGCGGCGAUCGCGGACGUCGCCGACGCGCACGGGCUGUGGCUGCACGUCGACGCGUCGUGGGGCGGGCCGGCGGCGUUCUCGCCGGCGCUGCGGGCGCGUGGCCUGCUCGCCGGCGCCGAGCGCGCGCGCUCGCUCACCGUCAACCCUCACAAGAUGCUCAACGUGCCCGUGACCUGCUCGUUCCUGCUGGCGCCCGACGUCGCCGUGCUGCACCGCGCGAACACGCUGCGCGCCGGGUACUUGUUCCACAGCGACGCCGGCGAGGAGGAGGAGGUCUGGGACCUCGCCGACCUGACGCUGCAGUGCGGCCGCCGCGGCGACAGCCUCAACCUCGCGCUCGCCUGGGCGUACUACGGCACGGCGGGGCUGGCGCGCCGCGUCGAGCGCGCCUUCGCGACCGCCGCGUACCUGGCCGCGCAGGUCGACGCGGACGAGGACCUCGCGCUGCUGUCGCCCCGCCCGCCGCCCUGCCUGCAGGUCUGCUUCUACUACGCGCCGGGCGGGGCGCUGCCGGCGGACGCGGCGGAGACGACGCGCCGCACGCGCGAGAUAGCGGCGCGCCUCGUGUCCCGCGGCUUCAUGGUCGACUACGCGCCCGCCCCCCGCGGCAGCCUGUUCCGCGUCGUCGUCAACUGCGAGACGCGCCGCUCGACGGUCGACGGCCUCCUGCGCGCGCUCCGCGAGGUCGGCCGCGAGGUCGUGCCCCAGUGA